AUGCAUGCGCGGGACCCCGAUGAUGCGCGAGAACAACAACAACAACAAGAGCAACAAAACAGCGACAGCGAGGAGGACGAGAGCGAAUGCCUUCGAUGUCCAAUCUCGAGAUGCGUCUUUCUCGACCCGGUCAUGGUUGCCGGUUCCGGGAACACGUACGAACGGAAAUCCAUCGAAACGUUCUUCGAAAAGCUAAAACAUGCGGGGAUGCCGUUGCGGGACCCGAUGACGAACGAGCCUUUGAACAACCACACCUUAAUCACAAACUGGGAACGACGGAGAGCAGUGCAGAAAUAUUUAGAAAAAUUACCCUCGGAGAAGGUACCGACCGGGUGGGAGAGCAGAGAGGUACCGAAAGCGAGAGAGUUUUUACUCGACGAGAAGAGACGGAAAAUGGGCAAGGUAGGGGUGUUUUUAGAGCAGCUGGAAGAGGUUGGACGAUGGACGGUGACGCACGCGUACGGGGUGGCGAUUGCGUGUAUAGUCGCUUUGCUUUGGACGCCGGUGUUUCCUUUGGAUUUGUAUUCCGGAACACAUCCUAUAUUUGGCGGCGGGAGACGACUCAUUGACGGGGACGAGUAUGGGCUGUUUCCAUGGGUGUUUGGGAGCGCGCGAGAGAGAGUGAAGGAACGGAAACGAAUGGAGUUGAUUAACGAGGCGUUUGAUUCGAAGUUGACGCAAGAGCACGGCGGCAUGGCGCCGGUGACGUCUUUGAAACCGUACGGCUCGAGAGUGGUGGCGUACAAGAACAACAAAUCGAGUCUGUUGUACUUGGAAAUCUCGCCGGCUAAGUUUUUUUCCGCGCGGGGCGUCUCUCAGUUUACAUUCAGUUCGCUUUGGAUCUUUUGCGUCUCGACGUUUACGAGAGGCGCGUUGAGAGCGAACCAUGCGCAGCAAGGCGGCGCGCAGCAUUUUUUGCUCCCCGUGUUUUCCGUGCCGUUUUGGGGAGUUGGGUUCGUCGUCGCCAGAGACGCCGUGUUGUCGGUGACCGAGACGAAAAUAAUAACGAUUUCUCCGGAGACGUUUACCAUCAAGAGUAAAAUUGGCGGGUUCGAUUACGAGGUGAGAUACGGGAAGACGCAGGAACUGACGAGCGUGAAAAGAGAAGUGGCGAGUAUCGUCAACGGCGUAAAACACUACGCGAUAGUAUUACGAAGAGGCGUGGAAAAAAUAUUCGUGGAAAACGGCGGUUUGGAAUACGAAGACAACGAUUUCGUGAGUAAACUCAUCGCGGACGCUUUACGGGCGAACAGCCCGAAGCGAUGGUUGUUUUCGUGA